AUCAAGGGGCGAAGGACAAUUUCCAAAUCAUUGCACAAUUUCUGCAAAAUCUGAGUCAAAAUCUCGCUUUUUCUCUCGAUUUUCGCAAAAUAAUGUCGUUUGCAGACGUGACCUGUCUAAUCGGUACGCUGUACGCGUGUUACUUGUCUUUUAAGCUUUUAAAGCUGGUGUUAAACGUAAUUAAAACAACUCUUCUUGGAGGAAGUCUGGAUUUCAGACGCUAUGGCGAGUGGGCAGUUGUCACAGGAAGUACUGAUGGCAUUGGUAAGGAAUAUGCUAAACAGUUGGCAGCCAAAGGUCUAAACAUUAUUCUGAUGAGUCGCAGCCAAGAAAAACUGGAUGCAGUUGCUUCUGAAAUUGAGAGUGAGCAUAAUGUGAAAACCAAAGUAAUCAAGAUUGAUUUCUCUGGAGGUCAUGAAAUUUAUGAACCAAUUGCCAAAGAACUUGAAGGAUUUGAGAUUGGUGUGUUAGUUAAUAAUGUUGGUCUCAGUGUUCCAUAUCCUGAAUUCUUCCAUGACAUUUCAGUUGAGAAUGUUUCUGCGCAAAUCAAUGUGAAUGUGAUGUCGACAACAAUGUUGACGAAACUGAUCAUUCCUUCUAUGCUUGAGAGGAAAAAGGGAAUUAUAAUAAAUGUUGCAUCAGCUGCUGGUGUCCUUCCUGCUCCUCUUUUCGGACCAUAUUCUGCAACUAAGGCUUUCAUGGACAAAUUUUCUGAGUCUCUUCAAAUUGAAUAUGCUGAUAAAGGAAUAAUAAUUCAGAGCGUAUUACCGUUUGUUGUUGCAACAAAGAUGUCUGGUAUCAAGAGAUCGGGAUUGUUCAGUCCAUUUCCUGACAGCUAUGUUCGCGGUGUUUUGAAGAAAGUUGGAGUCUCUAAACAGUGCCAUGGAUAUUGGCCACACGAUCUACAGGGUUUUAUAGGCAGUCUACUUCCAUAUUGGGUAACGAGUUUACUGAUGAUGAAAGGUCUUCUGGCGCUUCGCAAUAAAGCGUUGAAAAAAAGAAAAGAGAAAAAAGAAUCGUAAAUGCUCAAACAUUCCUAUUCAAAACACUUCAUUGUUAAGAUUAUGAUACAUAUACUGAUGAUUUUAAAAAAAUAAUAUUACAUUGCAAUCGUAUAUUGGUGCUCU